UUUAUAUAUUUCAGUUAAUCCACUUUCAUAAUGAUGAGGAAGAGAAGCCCAUACUUUAGUAAAGAAAGGAGCAAAAAACUCACUUCUAAGCUAAACUCUAACCCGAAUACAGUCAUUCAGGAAAAAAUUAUUGGCAAAGAUGGUAAAAUUGAGUUCAAUAAAUACCACAAGGGAAGCUUUUUAGGAAAAGGUGGCUUCGCUAAAGUCUAUGAAAUCACAGACUUAGAGACUAAAAAUAUUGAUGCUGUUAAGAUAGUUGAGAAAGCAUCACUAAAAUAAGUCAAGAGCUAAGCAGAAAUUAAUGUCUGAAAUUAAGAUUCAUAACUCUUUGAACCAUGAAGGAAUUGUAAAAUUUAAAUAAAUAUUUUGAAGACAAAGACAACGUAUAUAUGAUCCUUGAGUUAUGACCAAACUCAAGCCUCAAUGAUAUCGUAAAGAGGAGGAAAAGACUCACUGAGAGCGAGGCAAGGUACUAUCUCCACCAAUUAGUGAAAGCAACUCAAUAUAUGCACUCGAGGAAGAUAAUUCAUAGAGACUUGAAAUUAGGCAACUUGUUUUGUGGAAAUAAGAUGAGACUCAAAGUCGGAGAUUUUGGUCUUGCCACAAAAAUUAGCUAUGAGGGAGAGAAGAGGAGGACCAUCUGAGGAACUCCUAAUUAUAUUGCUCCUGAAGUACUCAGCUCUAAGAUAGGCCAUUCAUAUGAAGUUGACCUUUGGUCUAUUGGUGUUAUCUUGUUUACAAUGAUUGUGGGAAGACCUCCUUUUGAAACAAGUAAUGUGAAAACCACUUACAAAAGAAUCAAAAUGAACUUUUAUACAUUUCCAGAUCAUGUUACAAUUAGCGAAGAGGCCAAGGAUCUCAUCCAGAGAUUGUUGAAAAACGACCCAGAAGCAAGACUUCCUUUAGAUAAAGUUUUGGAUCAUGACUUUUUAAAAGUUCCAAUUCCAGAAAGUUUACCAGUUUCAGCAAUGGCUUGACCACCUCCUCCUGAACUUGCAAGAACUAUUUCAGGAAAAGCAACAACUUCAGACUCUCAAAGGCCCACAAUCCGUCCACAAAGCUCCCAUCGAGAAGUUGUGAGGAGAAGGAAAAAUAUAUUCAUGACAAAAGAAAAAGAUGAGAAUUCUCAACAAAAAUCAAGAGGAUGCUCUCAAAAUGAUAGAGGAAUGCUUCUCAGCCAUAGAGCUGCCAGUCCACACAUCAAUUUAGAUAAGCCUAACUCUAUCUCAAAACGUGAUGAAAGGAGCAAAGAGAGGGUCCAGUGAGGCACCAAGAGAGCUGGAUCAGCUAUUCACAGAUGCCUUACAAGAAAUCGCACUGAACAAUACUUGCUUGGAAUGCAAAACGAACCAAAAUAUGAAAGUCAAUUUUCAAAAUACAACAAUUGAUUAGCUAAGAAAUCUAAUAAAAGCUCUAAGAGUGUAAAUAGAAUCUCUUAUUAUGACUCUAAGCAUAAGGUUUCUACUAUUCAGCAAACUGCUGAUUACAACACCUCAAAACCUAAGUCCUCAAGCUCCACUGUAAAGGUGGAAUAUGCAAGUUCAGUGGGACCUAACGAGUCUGAGAAAGUACUAAUAACCAAAUGGGUAGACUACUCUUCAAAAUAUGGCAUUGGAUACAAACUUUCAGAUGGAUCUUAUGGGGUCCUGUUCAAUGAUUCAACAAAAAUGCUUCUGAAUACUAAUAGUUUUGAUUUCAUGUAUAUUCGAAGGGAGAGCUCAUCUGACAACGAGCCUCUCAAUAAUCUGACUGAUUAUUAUGAUUUCUUGAAUUACCCGAAAGAUUUGAAAAAGAAGGUGAUCUUAUUACAGCAUUUCAAAAGUUAUCUCGACGGCAUAAAAUUCGAGCCUCCCAAAUCUGCUACACAAACAAAAUCAGAGUAUAAUGAGAUAUUCUUAAAGAAAUGGAGAAGAGCUAAGAAAGCUAUCCUAUUCAGGCUUAGCAAUAAAGUGAUCCAAGUUGUGUUCCAAGACAUUUCUGAAUUAAUUCUGAGCUCUGGUAGCGGUUCAGUUACUUUCAUCACCUCCAAAGGAGAAGUAAGAAACACUCCUCUGUUCCAUGAUCUAGAAAAGAAGGAUCCUUCUCUUUUCAAACGACUAAACUACGCUAAGGAAAUUCUGAUCCAUAUGAUCAACCCUAAAAAUCGCGAUAACAAAAAUGAUGAUGAGAAGGAAAACAACACCUAUCGGGAUGGGCCAAUUACAUCACGAGGAAGAGAACCUCACAUAUUUACAAAAAUGGGGCUAAGCUCUGGCAUUCAAAAGAGUGCUUUUGAGACGAAUGGUCUAGUUACAACACGUAAUAAAGCUCAGCUAAAAUUUUAAACACAUACUAAACCCUUAUUUAAUUUAAAUUCUUCAGUUA